AUGGACCAAGGAGAAGAGCAGAUGAUGACAUCAACUGUUUUCCAUUUUGUGCCCUUUUUUUUUACUCUUUUUCGUUUCGAUUCGAACAAGCUUCACAGUGUUCGAUUACUGCUCAUCCUCCACAUCAUCGGCCUGGGUCUCGACAAAGGUCAUGGUGACGCCCUCGCCGCUGACAUUCAGGUUGACAGUGUCAAUGGCACCGGCGCUGACGCCCCGCGCGGCGAGCUCCUCGUGUGCGCGCUUGACGACGUUGUUGGAGUUGACGGGGACGACUUGGGCAACAGGGACGGAGGGGUCGCGGGCGACGAGCUUGUCGGCGGUCAUCUCAACGCCUCGGACGUACAUGGUGGUGACCUUGGCACGGCGGCGAGGAGGCUGCUGGGCCUCGUCGGAGCGGGCCUUGACCUUCUGCUGAGCGACGAUGGAGCCCUGGGUGGAGGCGGCGGCGGUGCCUCCGGUGGCCUUGCCGGUGCCGGCGGCGGCCGGGCUGUUUUCGAUGAUCAUACCAACACCGGAGCCUUUCUCGCCAGUGCCGAGCUGGACCUUGGGACCCUUGGUAAGGGCGGCCUCGGCGUACUUCAGGGCGCGGUCGAAACCGGCCAGGUCUCUCUUCUCGCCGGCAGCGUGGGACUUGCUAAGCUGUACGCGAGGAGCGAUCUCCUUGCCCAUACCCUGGAGAGCGGCAAUGGCCUGUGCCUAUAUGGAAGAAACGUCACGAGAGUAGGCGCCAAGGUUGAUGUUCAAGGGCAGGGCAUUGAGGUGAGCGGCCAGGCCGGCAAUGGCGAAGAUGUAGCGGUUAACCAUAUUGUCGAUCGGUUCGGGUAG